AAAAAUUUAAAGAAAUAUGAUAAUUAAAAAUUUCUUUUUAGCAAAAUCUUAUUCAUUAAUAACUGAAAUACUUCCCUUCUCACUGUGAAUAUGUCUAUUUCUCCCACCAUGAGAACCGGAGAAGAUACGUGUUUAUAGUUCGGCCAUUGGCCACUAGAGGUCCUCAUUCUUAGUGUAUCUUUUGGUAAACAUUUUUGACAUCGACUCAGCGAUUUCCUUAUUCCGUACUCACUACUUCCUAUUUCCUGCUCUCUAUUGAUCUUUGUUUAUGUAUACUUCAACUACUUCAGAUACGUUAAAUCAAUUGCUGUUAGAGUCUCACAAAUUUUACCUAAGAACCAAGUAAUCUUGUUGUAUAGUCAACUUCGAAAGCAUGGAUAAAUUUGAGAAACCGCAGAUGAUUUGUCAUAUCGAGAAAUCGGUAAAUUAUUCCUUAUUCGACGCAAAAUGGAUUCCGUGCAGCGCAAAAUUUGUGGUUAUGGGCUCACGACCCCGUGGUAGCGGUAUUAUACAAAUCUAUGAAGUUUCCAGCGGCGAAUUAAAUCUUGUUAAAGAUAUCGAACGAUCUCAACCGAUAAAAUGCGGAACCUUUAAAGCGUCUAGCUUAAGAGACAGAUAUUUAGCAACUGGUGAUUUUCAGGGUAAAUUGAACAUCUAUAACCUGGAAGACCCUUCGAUACCAAUUUAUACUACUGUUGCUCAUGAUGAGAUUAUAAACAGUAUCGAUGGUGUAGCUGGACAGAACAUUGGAUGCGGCGCACCGGAAUUAGUAACUGGCUCUAGGGAUGGAAGUGUUAAAGUCUGGGAUCCUAGGUUGAAAGGUCGGCCAGUUGCUGUAAUGGAACCUAAAGAGGGUGAAGAUCGUAGAGAUUGCUGGACAGUUACAUUUGGAAAUUCAUACAAUUGUGAGGAAAGAGUUGUAGCUGCUGGUUAUGAUAAUGGAGAUGUAAAAAUAUUUGAUUUGAAAGCAAUGGCUGUUUUGUGGGAAAGUAAUCUUAAAAAUGGAGUUUGUAGCAUUGAAUUUGAUAGAAAGGAUAUUCCAAUGAAUAAAUUAGUAGCUACCACUUUGGAGUCAAAGUUUUAUUUGUUUAAUUUAAAAACUCAGCAUCCUAAAAAAGGAUUUACUUAUCUAACUGAAAAGGCACAUAAUGCAACGGUAUGGUUAGUCAGACACUUGCCCCAAAAUCGUGAAAUAUUUGUUACUUGUGGUGGAGGAGGAAGCCUCUGUUUAUGGAAAUAUAAUUAUCCAGAGAAACGAAAAAUAGCAGACGCAGAUGGCAUUGACUACGGAGUCGUUGGUGAUCUAACUCUUUUACAAAACACUAUUGUUUCAUCACAACCUGUUAGUUCCCUAGACUGGAGUCCAGACAAACAGGGUUUGGCUGUUUGCACUGCGUUUGAUCAAUGUUUGAGGGUAAUUAUCACCACAAAACUUAAUACUGUCUAAGAAAAAGUAUAAAUUCAUGUUCUAAUUAAUUAUAAAAAAAUAAGAUAUUAUGUUAUUUAAUAUUAUUCAACGUGAAACGUUCAUUAUUGCAAUAGAAAUGACAUAGAACUGUAAAUAAACAUCAAUUAUCUUAAUUUAUAUAAUUUUGCGAAAUAAAAUGAGUAAAAUAAAAAUUAA